GCUUGUCAUAAAAAUUGUCAAAUAAAUAAAUAAAUCCAUAGUUACCGAACAUAAUAGCACAUUUUUACGUAACAAACUUUUAUAUUUAUUGUUUUCCUGCUUUGAGACAGUAAAACAGUGCAGGUCAGCACGUAUUUAAAUCUAAUCCAGGCUGAAUAAUCGAUCGCCGAUCGUCGGCAGUCAUGACUAGCAGCUGACUGUCCGGGAGCAGCACCGCCGGUCUGCCUUAACACCGCUACGGGAGCCCUGUAGUCCCGCAGCGGCAGCUCUGAACGCCAUGGCCGAGAGUUUGGACAUGUUUCACAGGGCAAAGCAGCGGACCUUCAGCGGGCUGACCCGAGAUGCAGAGCAUCGGUGGACCGGACCCUUUUACUUCAUUCAGGCUGCAGACCCUCAGCUUGGGCUGAUGAAGGCUUGGAAGGACGGCAACUGUGAUGGUGGCGGUGAUGAGUGGACGGAGGAGGUGGAGCUCACAAAGCAGGCGGUGGAAGCCGUUAACCGGCUCCGACCCAGGCCGAGGUUCAUGGUGCUGUGUGGUGACCUUGUCCACUCGAUGCCAGGGACGGAGUUCAAGGAAGGUCAGGAGCGGGACCUGAAGGAGGCCUUGAAGGGGACAGACCCCUCCAUCCCGCUCAUCUUCGUCAGCGGGAAUCACGACAUUGGGAACACCCCCACCCCGAGCAGCGUGGAGAAUUUCUGCAAGACUUGGGGUGACGAUUAUUUCAGCUUCUGGGUGGGUGGAGUUCUCUGCCUGGUUCUGAACUCCCAGCUGUUCUUCGACGCCUCGGCCUGCCCUCAGCUGAAGGAGGCCCAGGAGACGUGGCUGGAGGACCAGCUGAGCACGGCCGCCUCCUCCUCUUCAGCGGGACCCAAACACAUCCUGGUGUUUCAACACAUUCCUCUAUACCUGCAGCGCCCUGAUGAAGAAAAUGACUACUUCAACCUGCAGAAAGAAGUUAGGCAAAAACUCCUGGACAGGUUCAGGAAGGCAGGUGUGAAGGCGGUCUUCUCGGGCCAUUACCAUAGGAACGCCGGCGGCUACUUUGACGGCCUGGACAUGGUCGUGAGCUCGGCCAUCGGCUGCCAACUCGGCGAAGACACCCAUGGCGUCCGGGUGGUGGUGGUGACGGCCGACGGGGUCGUCCAUCGCUACCACAGCUUGGAGCAGCUGAGCACUGCCGGCAUGGACGAGGACCUCCGGGCGCUGCUGGAGGCCUGAGAGCGGUUUCAGAUGGUUAGGAGGCAUUAAAGGAAAGUUCCACCCUGGAACUCAGAAAACCUCAAUCAGAGCAGCUACAGGAGGCGGCGGCGGCGGCGGAUCUGUGCCAUUAUUUGGUGAUGGAGCUUUUCUUCCUGCGGCUGCAAAUAACUACAGCUGCAGUACAAAGAGGAAGCGGGACCAGCAGCAGGCAGCUGAGAGUUGUUGUUUUUUUUCAAGGUAAAGACACAGGAAAUUGAAAUGGGGGUGUAAAAAUAAAUCCCUCUGAGGAGGAUGCAAAAGUUUGGGAUUUCCCUUUCAUGAUGGUGGAUCUUCUAGUGCUUCUGUUGGAUUUUUUUUUCCUCCCAUAGAAACUGAAGCAAAGAAAAAAGCAUCCAUGACUGAGGCUGAUUUUUGGUUUUUCUAUCAGCCAAACCAUCGGUGAUGACUUGAUUUGACCUAAAGGAGCUGUCAGGUUCUCCCUCCUGGGGAGAACCUUGCAGAGCUGCAGGAGCACCUCGUGUCUGCAGAGGAGUACUCUGCAAACAAAGGUGUAAUGGGCUUGUUCAAAGUGGAACUGGCAGCGGUGUCAGAGUAGUGGAAGCGGGCCAUAAUGAUGGGAUCAGGGGGGGAUUAUUGGGGGGAGGCGGGACUCCCUGGCCUCCGGCAGAAUCGCAGUCCUCCUCCCCGCUGCAGGAGUCGGACGCCGUCCUGACAAGCUCUCUCAACGUGAACGUUUCUGCAAGUUUCCCUGCACCGCCGCAAAUGACUCCUCUCGAUUACACUUUCCGCACUCGGGCUCUCGCAGUCAUCCUGACCGACUGGGAGCAGAGGGAGGUUGUCAUGGCAACCCUUUUAGCAACACGUCUGUGUGUUUGUGCGCGAUCCUCCUCUGCGGUCCAGUGCACGCCCUGGAGGUGAUUUUCCAUCAGUGAUGUGGCCUCACUGACGGCGGGUUUUUAGGCGUGUGAUGGAGGCAGGAAGAGCUCGGGCGAUGAUGAGUGAGAUGUGUGAAAGGCGGCUCGGUCCAUCUCCUUCAUUUCCUGUCUGAGAGGGAACCUUAUCUGUUUUUGUCGUCUUCACGGUCGGUAAUCGCAGCCUAAUCCCUCUUUCUGUGUCUGAAACGCCAUCUCACACACUUCCUCUGUAAUUAUGGAAAUGAUACACCGUGACUCUGACCACUUUUGUUUUGAUAACAAAUGUCAAUUUACUCUUAAAAAGGUCUUCAUGUGACUUUAUCUCAAAGUUUUUCAACAUUUUUACGGGUUUCAUACAGUCGUGGGUUUUCACCUGAAGAGCCAUAGUGCCCCCUUUCUGUUUGUUCAUUUUUUGCACAUAUUCUCACUUAGAGCUUUAAAUAGAUUUAAGAUGAUCUGAAUAAACCCAAAACCUAAGAAAGAAAGGAAAUUUCCUUUGAUUAAAAUGAGUAUUUUGACUAUUUUUCUGGGAAAGCAGAGUUAAAUUUCACUUCCGCUGUUGAAUCAAAAACCUCGACUUCUUUCUUAAGAAAGUGAUGCAUUCAAAAACAUUCAGGGAUGUCUUUGAAACAAAAUUUCAGCCUUAAAGCAUUUUUACAAGAAAAAGAGUCCAGGAACACAAGGAGGUCGUGGGAAAAGGCUGGGGAGUCAUUUUGAGCUGAAUCCUCCUGGCGUGGUUAGGGUUAAAUCAUCGUGGAAGGGACGUGGAAUCG